CGUAAGCCUGGGUCGGGAGAGAGCCCGGUCGCAAUGUAGGCCGCAUGGAUUUUAGAAUUCUACUAUGCAUAGGCGCAUGUCGCAAUAGAUUUCCUAUAAUGACUACAUAGUAAGGUGGUCAUGUACCUCAGUUGCCAUUCCGAUCCCUUGUUGACAUGGUUCUCAUGCGGGGUCAAGGGGUGAAAAUGGGAACGCCACUAGCGGACUAAAUGGCCUGCUCGCGGUCCUAGGCGACUACGACAUCUCCGGGUUGGUUCAUGGCUAACUGGAACCUGUCGGUCUUCACGUCCGCCGCGCCCCCAGCAUUCCGCAUUACGGCGACGUAAGUGUCGCUUUUAGUGUCUCGAAGAUGCAAAUUUUCGGAAUAUUUAUGUAGGAUGCCUUUUCCGUCCUCGGGCCUCGUACCCCGUGCCCUUGUGCGGCAAUGGGAAGUGUGACAGGUCUCACGUAACAAGCGCUGCGGUGACAACAUCAUUUCUGAAAUUGAUUCGUAGCCGCCUCCGCUUCCGAGGGACAAUGGUACCUUCGGUCAUGGAGGGAGCCCCACAGCUGGGUAUCACGUCCACAGACACAAGCAGCGCUGGAGUGCCUCCAGGGCUGAAAUUGAUCCCGACGGACAGGCUCGACCGGCGCACUGACGAGGAGAUCGCUGCAUGGCUCCAGACUCGCCAUCCCGUCACGUCGGACAAGAACGUCUGGGCGUUCUGGCAUAAUGGGUACACAAACAUGCCGCCCUGGGUCCAGCGGAACAUCAUCAAUUGGGUUCGCAGACUGGGUCCGGAUUGGACUGUGCAUUUACUAGACCGAGUAGACGGAUCUGCGACGAAUGUCAGCCAUUAUGUCGACAGCUCGUUCUUCCCCGAAUGCUUCAACAACAACACGAUGGACGGCCCUACGGUCGGCCAGCAUUCGGGAGAUCUCGUUCGUCUCCCCUUGCUCUGGCUUUACGGGGGCAUCUGGAUCGAUGCUGGUUCAUUCCUGUUCCGCCACGUUGAAGACAUUUGCUGGAAUAAGAUCGAGGACCCCGAGUCUCCGUACGAGAUGGCGGGUUUCGUGAUCGAGAUGCGCCCAGGGGUUGAGGUUAUGCUGAACGGCUUUAUCGCCGCGAAGCGCGGUAAUCCAUUUAUCAAGCGCUGGCUUGAGAUCUUCAAGAAACUCUGGGACGGCGCGACCAAUGUCCAGGGCUUCCACAAGCAUCCCUUACUGCGACACCUACCAAUGCUCUGUCCGCCUAUAGACAAGCUAAAUCUCCCACCGCAAGGCCUCAACGUCGUCAUGGAGCAGUUCACCGAUUACAUGUCCCAAAUCAUGAGCUUCGAACGGCUGCGCAAGCUCAUCGACCCGUCGGAUGGGUUUAACGGUCCCGAGUACUACUCGAAUAAGAUGUUCCUGUGCUCGGCGCUGCAGGAGACAUUUUACUUCCAGCUAGUAACGGAAUGGUCGGGCACCAAGCAGUUCAAUCUGCUAUCGACGAAGCGCAAGGGCGAGGGCGUCGUCAAGGACGAGAAUUGGCACGCCGCCGAGAACUUCGUCCAUGAUGCGCUCGCCAACACGGCUACUAUGAAGCUGUCGCACGGCCCCCCGGGUGCCUUGGACUCGUUCCUCGCGGACUUGUGGGACUCGGCAGAGCACCACGGUAAGGAUAAUGAGGACGGCACUUUUGCGGCUUACUUGAGAUAUGGGAGCGUGCACUUCGACCAGACGCGGGAGAUGGUCCCGAUCAAGAUGGGCUGGCCUGAUGAGGAGGUGUUGGAGGCGGGGGUUCUGGAGCCGAAGAAGUAAAAAGGGGCGUUUCUUGUUUAAAAAAAUUAAAUAAAUAUAGAUAAAACCUGUGUAAAAAUUAUUUUUUGGUUCAAUUGGAAUGAUAUUCUCUCUAACUACAUGCCGAAGAAGGAAUAAGGUCGUUCAGUUUAGGCACCUUUCAUUACUCGAGGGGCAAACAUGAGGAACUAUCAGGUAGGGAAUAAAAAUACACUAUUCUUAUGACGUGUCAAAAUGCCCCCCUGAAAUGCUGACAUUGGCAUUGCGCCUCGAAAUAAUCAUUCCACAUAUGACAAAUCCAAUAGUACCUCCCAUUUAUCAUUUACCUGCGUCUGCUUGAAGUAUCUCUCGCAUGAGUAACUGUCAUCAAUUAGUCAACCUGCUAUUGGUUCGUUUCAGCGU